AAAUGUCAGCGACGCAUUUUCGAUGUCGCGGCCACAAUUCUUUGGCUUCGACACGCAUCUUCCAGUGGAGGAUUGGAGAAACGGAUACAUCGGCGAUACGCCGGAUGAUUUGGAGUAUGACGCUUUGAACGACUCGGAGGAUUUGGUCCGGUUUGAGCAGAGGAAGGCGAGGUUGCAGCUGGAUCUGAGCGUGUGGAUGAUGCCAAGCAUGCCGAGAAAGCCGAGGCUGCAGCAUCUGGUACCACGUCCGGCGAUGCAGCAGCAUCAUUCGCAGAGUUUGUUGAUGGCGACGAUGCAACAGCAGCAGCAACAGCACCAUCAGAGGAUAGGCGGGGAGACAAAUGGUUCGAUCUGAAUACGAACAAACAGACGGCGCAGUAUUCGAUGCCCCGCCUCCGGAAGUUCCUAACAGUUUCCGUAAUUUCUUCAUCUAGGGAUGGGAGAGCUACUCGAAUUCUAACCAGCAGCACAGGAGGAUCAGCAAAAUCAUCCACUGUUAUCAUUAACGGCAGCAGGGUCAGAAUCGAAAUCAGCAGCAGCAAAAAACCGUAAAUUGCCAACACCAUCAUAGCAAGAGAAUCGCUCCGGGGAGUACGACGGGACAGCGGGACAACGAUGGCUGCUGGGGAUUCACAGCUUACUACAAACAACGAUUUCUUUUUUGCGAAGAAAAACUGCUGUUGAUAAUUGAAUUUAUCUUGCAAUUUGUAAUGAUUUAACAAAUACAAGUAAUUUAGACUUUAGUUUAUAUUUCAAAGCACAAUUUCACAAUUUUAUUAUUAGCACUCCAGCAUACUAUCAACUGUCGAUCUGUUGAAGGGACGAUUCUGGGACAGCGGAUUGAUGUAAUGCUUGUACAUUUUAUUUGGGAUCGGAACCAGGAACGCGACCGUA